AUGGCGCAUUUUCAGCUGCCGCAGGGGAGCGUCGACAGCGGCGCUUGGGGGCCGCCAGGCACUGGCGCCGCCACUGUCAUCCCGGAAGAGUUCCAGCAGAUUCCUUUCGCACCGUUCUCCAAGAGCGAGCGCAUUGGGCGCAUCGCCGAUUGGAAUACCGGCGGUGCGAACAAUGACGAGCGCAGCGUUGCCGGCACUGUGCAAGGCCGCAGCACGCGCAAUGCACGCGGCAGUGCGCCUGCAUGGGGCGCACAGACAAGUGCGCCUGCAAACACCUUUGCCUACUUCCACGCCGAGGACGAGGCGAGCUUCAGCGUGGUCGACAAUGCCAAGUCGGGCACGCUGCGUCGCCCAACUGCAAGCGGCGCAUUGCGCGGCGGUCGUGGCGGCGCUGCCGCACAAGGGCGUACAUCGCCAUUUGUGCGUGGUGCGCCUGCACCGGCAGGCCCGUCUGGCCGCCCGUCGCGCGGCGGCCGCACGCCGGUCAUGGCAAAUGUCCAGCGCGGUGCACGGCGCCAAGGCGGCUAUCGCGACUGGGAGCGUACGCAGCGCAAAGCACGCGAGGCGUCGAUUACUGUUGGCCCCGAAUGGGAACAGCUCUCCGAGCUCGACUUUUCACGGCUGCAAAAGCUGCGCCUCGAAGUCGACGAGCCAGAGGCGAUCGCUUCGUACGGUACAUUGUACGCCUACGAUCGUGCAUAUGACCGUGUGAGUGUGCGCUUUGAGCGCCCGCUGCAGCCGCGCGAUCGUGCGCACUACAGUGCGACGACCUCGGAGGACCCGGUGAUCCAGGAAAUUGCCGAGGACGCCGAGAGCAAGAGCAAGGUAUUUAUCACCGACUCGAUCUUGGCUCUGCUCAUGUGUGCGCCGCGAUCCGUUUACCCCUGGGAUAUCGUGAUCACCAAGUCAGAGGACGGUAAGCUCUUCUUUGACAAGCGCCCGAACGGUCCGUUUGACUUUGUCACGGUCAACGAAAAUGCAAACGAGCCGCCGGUCGAGUUGAACGAUCCGGUGAAUGGCCCGAAUCCAGAGACGAAUACGCGCGCGCGGAUCAACACUCCGGGCGCACUCUCGCUCGAGGCCACCUUUGUCAACGAAAACUUUGGGUUCCAGGUGUGCGAUGAAAAGAAAACGCAUUCGUUCAAAAACCCCAACCCCUUCCACCAAGCCGCUGCCGACGACGGACAGCUCGCAAGCUGUGGCUACCGCUACCGCCGCUUCAACUUGAGCACAGACGAAGCAGACCCCGUCGAGGUUGUCGUGCGCACGGAGCUGAAUGCAUUCGUUCCCGGCGCAACGCCGAAAUCCAAGCCCGCGCAGUACAUCACUAUCCGCACGCUCAACGAGUUUGAUCCGCGUGCGGCCGGCGCUGGCGGUGCGCCAGAUUGGCGCUUGCGUUUGGACCAGUCGCGCGGCGCAGUAGUGGCGACCGAGAUGAAGAACAACUCGUUCAAGCUCGCGCGCUUCGCCGUCCAGAGUAUCCUCGCGGGUGCGGACAAUAUGAAGCUUGGCUACAUCUCGCGCGCCAACACGCUGGAUCCCUACCGCCACGUUAUCCUGGGCACCUCCUGGUUCAAGCCCAAGGAGCUUGCCGCCCAGAUGGCGUACAGCCUCGCAAAUGGCUGGGGUAUCGUGCGUACGGUGAUUGAUAUGGUGCGUGACGUUGCGCCUGGGCGGUAUAUUCUUGUCAAGGACCCCAACCGCCCCGUCCUCCGCUUCUUCAAAGUGCCGUUUGACUUUGAUCAGCAAGAAGAGGAGGAAGAGGACACGACAGAGGACGCCGAUGCACAGGAUAUGGCCGACGGCGAUGAGUAG